GCGAAUGCGGCAGGCGAAGAGCAAAGCAGCGGCGGCGGAGACGAGACGCGGCUGAGCUCCACAUCACAAGACCCGGUCCCUGUGCAGCGGAGACCUGCGCCCCGUCCGGUCGUGUUACCGCAGGAGACGGCGGAGGACAUCCACGGCCAGCGAGCAUAGGAUGCAGUGUAGACUUGGCUGGUGACUGGUCUGUAGCCUCUCCACUUCUCUUGUCCCUGGAGUCAGCCGGUUGGGGGGCAGAUUCCUGCGUUCCCUUCUUCUCAGUCUCAACCGUUGCCUGGACAAAACCAACCGCCUGCCAUUGGAGUGCACGGCUCACCCACGCCUGUGUUGCCUGGAUCAGCACAGCUCAUCUCCUGACUGAGGAGAACAUAGCAGCUGCACAAGGUUCUCCUUUUACCAACUGAUCCCUCCUAACCCCGCCCACACCUCCCCGUCACCAUGGUGCUGUCACAACGACAACGAGAUGAACUAAAUCGUGCGAUAGCCGAUUAUCUACGUUCCAAUGGAUAUGAAGAGGCAUAUUCCACUUUCAAGAAGGAGGCGGAAUUAGAUAAUAAUGAAGAGUUGGAUAAGAAGUAUGCUGGCCUUUUGGAAAAAAAAUGGACGUCAGUCAUCAGAUUACAAAAGAAGGUGAUGGAGCUUGAAUCCAAACUGAAUGAAGCUAAAGAGGAGAUCACCCUGGGAGGACCCAUCACUCAGAAGCGUGACCCCAAAGAGUGGAUCCCACGCCCCCCAGAAAGGUAUGCGCUGAGUGGGCACCGCAGUCCGGUCACCCGCGUCAUCUUCCACCCAGUCUUCAGUGUCAUGGUGUCGGCUUCUGAGGACGCCACAAUAAAGGUUUGGGACUAUGAAACAGGAGACUUUGAACGCACACUGAAAGGCCACACGGAUUCGGUGCAGGACAUCUCUUUUGACCUGACAGGAAAACUGCUAGCAUCCUGCUCUGCUGACAUGACUAUCAAGCUUUGGGAUUUUCAAGGCUUUGAAUGCAUCAGGACCAUGCACGGACAUGACCACAAUGUUUCAUCUGUAGCCAUCAUGCCCAAUGGAGAUCACAUUGUUUCUGCUUCGAGGGACAAAACCAUAAAAAUGUGGGAGGUGGCAACUGGAUACUGUGUGAAGACCUUCACAGGCCACAGAGAGUGGGUCCGUAUGGUGCGGCCAAACCAGGACGGCACACUGAUCGCCAGCUGUUCAAAUGACCAGACAGUGCGUGUUUGGGCUGUGGCUUCGAAAGACUGCAAGGCUGAACUGCGGGAGCACGAACACGUGGUGGAGUGCAUCGCCUGGGCACCAGAGAGCGCCCACCCCACCAUCCAAGAAGCCACAGGCUCUGAGGCCAAGAAGAGUGGUAAGCCAGGCCCCUUCCUGCUGUCUGGCUCCAGAGACAAAACCAUCAAGAUGUGGGAUGUCAGCAUUGGCAUGUGCCUUAUGACACUGGUCGGCCAUGACAACUGGGUGCGUGGGAUCACCUUCCACCCUGGAGGCAAGUUCAUUGUGACCUGUGCAGACGACAAGACCUUAAGGAUCUGGGACUACAAGAACAAGCGCUGCAUGAAAACCCUGUGUGCCCACGAACACUUUGUUACCUCUCUGGAUUUCCACAAGGCUGCCCCCUAUGUCGUCACUGGGAGCGUAGAUCAAACAUUAAAAGUGUGGGAGUGCCGCUGAUCUGGACCUCGGAGGAUUGGACCCCCACCCUAAUUACCACGGCGCUCCUCUGGAUCCAACCUUCCCUCCUGCCAUCCCACCUACCCCUUUCAUCACAACACCCCCCUCCCCCCACCCCCUACUCUAAAAUUAAGUCUCACCCGCACAUCUUCAUCUCCUCCGGCUGCACUUACACCCAUGGUUAUUUACCCAUCGUGCUCUCUGGUCCAAUAACUUUUGUCCUUCUUUGUAAAUUAUUCCUGGAUGUAGAUCAAGCUAUUAAAUGUUACACAAAAAAGUAUUCUUGCAUGGUAAUCCAAAAUUGUAUACUGUAAAUUUACAUAACGUUGUCUAGAAGUACCAUAGGUUUAACACGGGGCUGGCCGUCGGUCACGCAGCCUUACCGACCAACCGAAGGCAGAUGUUUUUGACUGGGUGUAAAAUGUAGGGCACUAAAAACCAAUAAUUUAAGAAAUGACAGUGUCUUUAUGUGUAAGAUUUAUUUUUGUCUAUUUUUUUAUUUAGUUUUUUUUCUGUUAUUUCUCUCCUUCACUGUCGUAGUCUGUUGGUGCCUAGCUUGGUGGAACUUCCGAGAGAUGAGGGAGGAGAAGCAUAUAUGACGCGAUAAAAUGCGAUUGUUUGUGGGGCUUUGUUAUUGAAAUAAUCUGUAGCUUUAUAACGUCACUUCUCAAGUGUGCAUACCAUUUCUCUUCAUGUGGAACUAGGUAAUAUUUUAUUGGCUGUAUAUACGAAUGUUUCAAACUGUUGUCGCUGGACCUCGGGGGUUUAAAAACAGCUUUGUACUCUUGUCAUGUUGGCACAUGAACCACUGCUAGGCUUUAGAUAAAUGAUCCCGUUUAAUGAAUCUGCAGUAAAGAAUAAAAAGUUGAAACGUUGCAGAGCGGCUCUGUGAAUAACCCAAAGUUUUUCACAAGAAGCCCGAUGUAGCAAGCAUGUUUGUUUGGCUUUCCCUGUUAGUGAGCACCUUGGGUCACAGCAGCAGUUAGGGGAUUACACCUAUUUAAUCUCUAGCACUUGAUAAAGACCUUGGGUGUGUCUCCCUCCACCAGACGAUUUCCUGUGACCUUGCAUGUCAGACUUUUGACAAACAGACUAAACACUCUGUUCACUUCUACUCUCCUGACCAGUCAGUCUUGGUUGAGAUCAGAAUUAGGUAAAGUCAGAAGCCGAUCUGAAAGCCACUAACAGAAGCCUCAUUUGAAACAACCCUGCUAAAGAUUCAACUAAAGGAAUGAUGAGUCAAAGUAAGGCCCCCUGGGUUUGAUAUCUGGGAUGUGCAAAGAUCUCUUAAUUUUAGGGGUGAAAUUUAAGUUCUGCUGAUAAAAAUGGUUUUGAGUGGAAAAAACAGUUUUCUGUGAAAAUAUGAAUUGUAAAUUUAGCUUGUUAUAGAGAGAUUUGGCAAUUUUGUAUUAUCGCACUAAAGGAUGAAGUGGAUAGGAAUGAAGGAUUGGUGAGGUAGAGCUAGCAGAUGAUGAGCUCUGUUGAGGCCAUUUUUUCAUCAGAGGGGUCUGAUGUAGAGGUUGCGGUUUUAUCCGACUGACUCCUUGCUGAAAAGAGGCGGAUAAACUCCUGGAUUUGAUAAAAGGAGAAUGAUGAAGCCUGAGCGGCGAAGAUCUCUGCAGACAAAUCCCACAGACAACCUCAACAAUCUUUUGAGUGGCAUUCCUCAAAGGUUUGACUUUUGGAGCCGCGACUGUAAAACGAAAGACUGUAAAAUGAGCGCAAACCAGGCCGUGCUGUAGAAACGACCAUUCCACUCCCCGCUGGACGACAAAAACAAAGAACCAUCAUGCUUGUGACUGUCACUGGUGCGGUGAUUCAUUAAUCUUGCACAUCCCUGUUUUCACUAAGUCUUUGGUCCUUUUUAAUAAUGAUCAAAGACGACAUUAAAAUUGAAUGAUGUUGAUAAAUGCAUAAACCUAUAAUUUCUGAUUAGCCUUUUCAUUCCAAUUCAGUUCUUGGCUAAUAAAGAAUUCCACUGCUUAA